AUGACGGACAGAGAUCCGUACAACUGGCCAAAGGGCAGGAAACUGCUGAACCUGGCCAUGAUCGCCUUCCACGCCAUGAUGGGCACCUUUACGGCCGCCGCCGUCCAGUCCGUGUUUGCCGAAAUCGCCGACGACCUCAAUGUCUCGAUCCACCAAGCCUCGUACAUGCUGUCGCUCCAGAUUGCCGUCCUCGGCGGUGCCCCCCUCUUCUGGCGGCCGCUGUCGCAGCGAUAUGGCCGGCGACCCAUCUUUUUGCUGUCGCUCAUCUGCAGCCUCGUCGGAAACAUUGGGUGCGCCGUCAGCCCUUCAUACAGCACCAUGGGGCUAUGCAGAGCCAUCACGGCUUUCUUUAUCUCCCCCGCCCUGGCCAUCGGGAGCGGUGUCGUUACCGAGACCUUUUUCAAGAAAGAAAGGGGUAGGUACAUGGGCAUCUGGACCAUGAUGGUGACGCUGGGCGUGCCGAUGGCGCCGUUCAUCCUCGGGUUCGCUGCCGUCCGCGUUGGAUAUCGGUGGAUCUACUGGAUUCUCGCGAUUACCAACGCCGUCCAAUUCAUACUGUAUUUCCUCCUCGGCCGCGAGACCUUAUACCGCCGCCACCCAACUCCAUCCUCGACCCCUUCUGUCGUCGGACCCUCCUCGUCCAAGAGUCUGCUGUCGUUUGGUCGCAUCGAUCCGAGUCCCCUAGGGGUGCGGGAUUUCGUCCAACCCCUGACCUUUGCUGCUCACCCUUGUGUCCUCAUCCCGACCGUCGGCUAUGCCAUGGUGUUCCUCUGGGGCAACAUCAUGAUGUCCGUCGAGACGGGCUCGCUGUUUCCCGAGAGGUUCGGGUUCGAUCCGCAACAGGUCGGCCUGCAGAACAUUAGCAUCAUCGUCGGCUCGCUCAUCGGCGAGCAGAUCGGGGGCUUCAUGAGCGACUGGUGGAUGUGGCGGCGCCGCAAGCAGGCCGGUGGCGGGGAAAGCGACAGCGAGAGUCCGGACGACAGAGGCGCCCUCGUACCACAACCCGAGUUCCGGCUGUGGUUGAGUUAUCCCGGGUACCUGCUUGCCAUCUGCGGCGUCGUCGUGUACCUGGUACAGAUCGACCGUGCCGGCAGCACCUGGAACGUUACGCCUCUCGUAGGUACGGGCAUCGCGGCGGCGGGUAACCAGAUCGUCACGACUGUCGCCACCACGUACGCUGUGGAUUGCUACCGGGAGGACGCCGCCGGCGUAGGCGUCUUUAUCAACUUUGUGAGGCAGACGUGGGGUUUUAUCGGUCCUUUUUGGUUCCCGCACAUGAUCGAGCGAGUCGGCUUCAGGGCCUCGGCAGGGAUCGCAACGGCGAUGCUGGUUGGCGUUUCGAUGAUUCCGACCGCGGUGGUGCAGUGGAAGGGACAGAUGUGGCGGUGA